CAAUCUCUAUCUCUAUCUCUAUCUCUAUCUCUAUCCUCAUCCGCCUUUGCAGAAACAACCUCACCUCGCCGCUGAUACUAACCUGCCCAAUUUUGCAGCACCCAUUAGAUUUGAACUCCCGACGUUAAAAUAAAAUAAUUUAUCUAUUUUCAUUACAAGUCUUUGUAAUUCAGUCAAAAUCUCUCUCCAUUUCGCAGGCUGCCCUUAGAAAUCUCACUGGAGAUCGAUCUCUGCCGUUUUCUUCUUAUCCUGAAUUUGUGAGCAACUGAUAGUCCGCUGCUAAAUACGAAAGACUGACCAGUGGAUGAAUAAUCAUACAUCCACUACAAAGUUCCUGUUUUUUAUCUCCUCAAUCAUAGCACAAAUGGCCCCUCUGAGAUACUUCUCCUUCUAGCACAACCCAGAAAAUUACCGCCGAUUUUGGGUAACUGUUUUUCCGCCAUGAAUGAGUCCACCGUCUCCGGCGACUCUUCUUCCGGAAAUCCGACAACCCCUCAGAAACCAUCUCUCAAGAGGAAGCGCAAUCUCCCCGGAAUGCCAGAUCCUGAUGCGGAGGUGGUUGCUCUAUCGCCCAAAACUUUGCUGGCCACAAACAGAUUCGUGUGCGAAAUCUGCAAUAAGGGUUUCCAGCGAGACCAGAACUUGCAGCUCCACCGUCGCGGCCACAAUCUGCCGUGGAAGCUCCGGCAAAGGUCCGGCAAGGACGUCAAGAAACGGGUCUACAUCUGCCCCGAGCCCGGCUGCGUCCACCACGACCCGGCCCGGGCCCUCGGCGACCUGACGGGUAUCAAGAAGCAUUUUUGCCGGAAGCACGGCGAGAAAAAGUGGAAAUGCGAAAAGUGCUCCAAGAAAUACGCCGUCCAGUCCGACUGGAAAGCCCAUUUAAAGAUUUGUGGAACCCGAGAGUACAGAUGCGAUUGCGGGACUCUGUUUUCCAGGAGGGAUUGUUUUACUACGCACAGGGCGUUUUGUGAUGCCUUGGCAGAGGAAAGCUCGAAAGCCCAGACAACUGAGGUGCCCUCGAGUCCUGCAGAAGAUGAAAGUAAGAGUAAAUCUGUCGAUGCUGUUAAGUCGGCUUCAUCAUCUCCUCCACCGUCCACCGCAAUUCCUGUGUUGUCCUCUGUUUUGCCGGUUAGAAGUCCAGAAUCGCCCAAAGUGACGAACCCAAAUCCAUCGACUGCACAGAAUAUCUCGGAAAUCCCUACCAUAGCAAGUAUUAAAGCAAGCUGCAGUAGCACUACUUCUUGCAGCAAUGGAAGCUCCACCACCGGCAAUGUGUUCUCCACAACUUUUGCUCCAUCCGCAACUUCCGGAAGCUUCAAUUCUUCUCAAUCAACCGGUUUUUGCCUCUCCAUGAAUGAGGGUUCGUCAAUUUUCGAGCGCCGGCAGUACGCCCCAGCCCCGCAGCCUGCCGCCAUGUCAGCAACUGCGCUGCUGCAGAAGGCUGCUCAGAUGGGCCCAAAAUCAAACUCGUCUCUUCUAAUGGGCCUGGGCGUGAUUUCCAGCGCUGACGGGCCUGGGGGGCAUGGGCCCGAACCCGACGGAGGUCUGAGUCUGGGGCUAGAGUGCGAUGGUGGGUCGGGCCUGAAGGAGUUGAUGCUGGGAACUCCUUCGGUGUUUGGGCCUGAACGGGCCACACUUGACCUACUGGGCCUGGGGAUGGCGGCGAUGACAUCCAUUGAUGUUGCCAUGCCUUUUGGCAGUGGGGAAUAUGGUGGCCAAGAUAUGAAAUGAAUAUUGGGACAGAUGUUGGAAAGUAGAAUAUAUAGUUUUUGUUUAGGGAUGGUCUUGUAUUGAUGUUUGCUUGUGUAAGGAUAUCUGUUUUUGUACCAGGAGUGCGUGUAUUUAUACUUUAUAGGAGGUGAAGGCAGGAAAAAGGGGAUUACAGUGUCUCGUUUGAUGCUGUCUGGCUGUCAUCAUGUGGAAAGUGGUGGUGGCCGGUGGCCCUGCUUUUUCUCCCGGAGUUAAAUAUGACCAUUUGUAUUUGUAAUAUGUUGGCCAAUUGAUUGAUAUAAUGUGAAAUAGUUGGUUAGAACUCUUGGGAACAAGUCAAUUAUUGAAAUAAUCAUCGCAAUGUCUUUCAUAAGACGGAAAAAGCAUGUGAUUUGAUCAA